AUGUUACCUCGAAUCCUACGAUACAUCAGGGCAGCUCCUAUCCCCAACACAGGAUCCGUGGCCAGAGAUCUACUUGCCUCGGAAAGGACAUUCCUCGCAUGGGCUAGAAGUGGUCUCGGGUUUAUCGCAUUGGGUGUAGCACUAGAGAAAGUGGAAGCCUUCGCAGCCAUUUCUCCGACCUUGCUUCAUUUAUCGGACUCAAGGACCAAAGUCGCCGCUGGUAUCCUUGUUGGAAGUGGCAGUCUCUGUGUUGCACAUGGCACUCAAAGGUACUUCAGCACACUAAGACUGCUACAGGAAGGGAAAUUCAGACCCAAUACCGGUGGGGUGACUCUCAUGGCUGUCACUUGUAUUGCCAUCGCUGUUUCCGGCAGUCUUUUAGUUCUGGAGAACGAAGCGACAAAGGUAAAGGAAGCUGAAAAGACCACACCGAAAGUUUGA